AGAAUAGCGCCAAAUUCGAAGAAGUUCUGAUCAAUUAAAAUAUGUCUAAGAAGCGUGGAUUAAGUGUGGAAGAGAAAAGAAGCAGAAUGAUGGAUUUCUUUUAUGAAAAAAAGGACUUUUUCCAACUUAAGGAAUUGGAGAGACUAUGUCAAAAAGAGAAGGGGAUCACUUCAAUGUCUGUCAAAGAAAUUCUCACCAGCCUAGUUGAUGAUGGAAUGGUUGACACAGAUAAAAUAGGAACAUCUGUGUAUUUCUGGGCCUUUCCCAGUAAAGCGAGUCAAAAUCGAAAACGAAAACUUGAUGAUUUAACAAAUAAGAUUAAAGAAUUGGAUGAAAGAAAGCAGUUUUUGGAGGACAGUGUAAAGAAAGCCAAAGUUGGCAAAGAAGAUUCUGAUAAAAGAUCUGAAAUACUCUCAGAGUUGGAGGAGAAAAAACAGGAAAAAGCCUCUUUACAGAAGGAAAUUGAAAAAUAUCGGGAAUGUGAUCCUGAGGUGUUAGAAGCAGUAAUCAAACAAACUGGCGAGGCUAAAGAGGCAGCUAAUCGCUGGACAGAUAAUGUUUUCUCCAUUAAGUCUUGGAUUAAAAACAAAUUCCAGUUUGAAGAAAGUGUGAUUGAUAAACAGUUUGGAAUUCCAGAUGAUUUUGACUAUAUUGAAUAAUACUUCAUAUAAAUAGAUGAUUGUUACUGUUAUAUUAAAAAUGCUUGAUGUGAUA